AUGGCUAAUCAGUUUAUUGAAUAUACAUCUUAAGAAUUUUUGCAAUUGCAUUCUUACCUUUUAAACACAAAUAACAAUACUCUUGAGCUAGAGAAAACAUUCAAGGAAAUAGAAAGAGCAUGCACUACUUUUUCAACAUCUUUAAAAAAAAUUGCGGAACGGCUCCAUGAAUUUGUGAGUAAAGGCACAGGUGAUGAUGACAAUAUCGAAUGUGUUUACUAGUAUUUGAGCAACUUUUUGCUUUAAAAUUCAUAACAGUGGCAAUAAACAAGCGAAAAUCUUAGAAGUGAAGUUCUUGAACCAUAUCAAUUAAUCAUGAGCAAUUAUAGAAAUAUAAACUUAAAAUUGUCAUCUGAAAUGAAAGAAUAUAUUGGGAAUAUCUAAAUAUUGAAUAAGCAUAUAUCUGAUUAAUAAGAGGAGUAUAUAAGGCUAAUGUAAAAUGCUGAUAAGAGUUAAUUACUUAUGGAAAGAACAGUUGGAGAAAUUGCAAAGGGAAACAAAGGAAAAGAUGAGCUAGUCAGGGCUUCAGAAAGAUAAAUAAAAUUAAAAGAGAUUGCCAUCGAGGCACAGGAAGAUUAUAAAAAGAUUAUUGAAAAAGGAAAUAAAAAACUCUCUGAUUUUGAUUUGAAGAUUAAAGAUUGGUAUUAAUAAGUAUUUUUAAAUGAUGAAAACAGAAUCAAGUUUUCAAAAUAAAUAAUGCUUUCAUUAAUGAAAAAGUUAACUAAUGAUACUGUCUACUCUAUAUAUCAAGAUAAGCUAAAUUAAUUAGAGUUACGAGUGAUUCAAAAGCAACCACUGGAUCUUCAGCAUUAGAUCUAAAGAUUGUUAAAAAAAAGUGGAACUGAUAAUGUUUAAUUUUAAUUAUUUGAUUAAAUUAAUUAUGAUUAAUUAAAGAGGGGAGAUUAAAAAAAAAAUAUGCAAUAUGUUGGAAGCGAGUGGACUUUGAUAGGCGAAUAAAUAACCGAAGAACAAGCAACGAAAAUUUAACAAUUUAUUAAUGAACUUAUGGAAAAUUAAGAAACCUCAGAUGACAGUGCCAAUAAUUCAAGAAAUAGAUCAUAUUCUACAUCUUCAACAAAGUCAAAUUAAUUUUUGUCACAUGAGUAUUUAGGAGUUAAAUAAUUAAUGUCGAAAUAAUCAGCUAGAUAAUUCUUGAAUAAUUUAAUAUAAAAAGAGAUUGAAAAAAGAAAAGUUAAACAAUUAAAUUUGUCAGAAGAUUCAUUUAACGAAGUUAGCGCUAUUUUUAAACAUGUAUUUUUAAUUUUAGAUGCUGAAUUUGAUGUGGAAGAGUUCUAUAAUUUUUUAUAAUUAUCAUAUAGGAUUGUAAAAGGGGACAACUCUCAUCUGAUCUCAAGUUUUUCAAAAUUGGAUAUUUGGCAGAAUAAAUUGAAAUGGAAAUCAUUAUAUGAGCAUAUUAAAUCAACUAAGUUUUAAUAAAAACAAAUUCUGGAUCAAUAAUUCAACAUUGUAAAAAAAGGAUAUGGAUUGAUAAGCAAGGGAUUGAAAAAAAUUACUGGUGUUGUUUAAGGACAACAAUAUUCAGAAAAAGAAAAAUAUCAAUAACAAAAAUACAGUGUAUUACAUGAGAUUGCUACAUUCCUAAGUGAAUUGAAUGUCUCUCCUUAAUUAGGAACUGAUGUGAUAUUGGAACUUGCAUUUCAUUCUGAUAUCAAAUUAGAAAAGGUGCAACUAGAAAAACUAUUGUAAAUUUUAGAAGAAAAAAAUGCAAUUACAUUUAAUUAAAAGUAUUCUUCAGGUUUUUGUAUUAAAUAAAGAAAGGAAGAUAAAUAUAAAAGACAUGGAUUCAAUAACCCUUAACUAAAAUAGAUUUACUCAAUCAGAUUAUCAAUUAAAUAUUUAUCAUAUAAAGAUAGACCUUAUCAAUUAUUACUAGUAUCUAAAGUUUUUAAAUUUCACUUAAGAUUUGCUAUAGAAAAAUAUUAUAUUAUUCAUAAUAGUGUACCAUAUAUGGAGCAAAACCAAUAUUAUAGAGCAUAAAAUCUAAAGGUUUAUCUCAGAACUGAUCAAAAUCAUAUGGAUUAUGCUCUCAAAAAAUCUGAAGCAUAAUAGGAGAUAUAAUAAUACGAAGAAAUUAUUACUAUGGAUGUUUAAAGAUCUUUACAACUCCAUUUUGAUAGGGUUCCUUCAAGCAAAUUACAAUCAUUCCUCAGAACAUAUGCAUUUCAUAAUAAAGAAGUAGGAUAUUGUUAAGGAAUGAACUACAUCGUUGGAUAUUUGUAUUUAACAUUUGAAGAUGAGGAAGUAACAUAUAUAGUAUUUGAUUAUAUAAUGAGGAACUAUUUUUCUUAAUAUUUUGAAAAUGAAUUUGAAAUGCUGAAAAAAGUAUUCUACCAAUAUGAGAGGUUGUUAUUCUUAUUUUUACCAAAUUUAUAUCAUCACUUUAAAAAAUAAAAAGUUGAUGCAUCGUACUAUUUAACUGCUUGGUUUAUCACGUUUACCUUGCAAUCUGCAUUGCUAAAUAUUAUAUGGGAUAUUUUUAUCAUCUAAUAGUGGAAAGGUAAUAUAAUUAAAGAGUAAAUUUUAGGAUUUUACAAAUGUGUCUUAUUUUUAUUAUAUUUCUACUAAAAAGAAUUAUUGCUAUUAGAGUUUGAUUAGAUUCUUCAUUUUUUGAGUGAAAUUAUAAAAAAUGAAUUAUUUAGUCUAAAAACAGAAUAAUAAGUUUAAGAAUACAUUUGUACUAAGUUAAAAAUACCAUCUAAGGCCCUUAAAGGAAUUAUCACUAAUUAAUUCCAUGUUACGAAUAGUCUUUUGUAAUAAUUAGAAUAAGAGUUUAAUUGUUUUUCAACAAACUUCGAUUCAUAAUUAAAAUAGUUUAAAUACAAAUGA